AUGCUGAAUAUAGGUAGAACAAAUGAUACUAAUUCAAAUGAUGAAAAAGUAAAAUGCCCUUCAAAAGUGGAGGAUUCUAGUACAUUUGAAAUUGUUGAAAAAAUUAAUAAAAGGAAUAUGAUGCCUGAAAUACCAAAUUACUCAUUAAAUAAAGAUGACAAUUUCUCAUUAAGUAAAAAAAGGCACAUUUCUUCUAUACCAAAAAAUAAUGAAGAAUAUUGGUUAUAUCCAUCAUCUCAACAAUUUUAUAAUUCAUUAUUGAGAAAAAAUAAAGAUGUUGAGAAAGAUUAUAUUGAUGCUGUUGUUAGUAUACAUAAUGAAAUUAAUGAAGAAUCUUGGAAACAUAUUUUGAAAUAUGAACUUAUGCACAAAAAAAAAUGCAGCAACGUAACCUUACAUAGAUUCGUUGGAAAAUCUGAUGAAUUAUCAAUAAAGGCAAGAUUUAGAAGUAUUUUUUCAAGAUUAGGGAAACCUUUUGAUAGACAUGAUUGGUUUAUUGAUAGAUGUGGAACUCAAAUAAAAUACAUAUUAGAUUAUUAUAAUGAUGAAUCAAUAAAUGAUGAUAAAAAUAUAUAUAUUGAUGUUAGACCAGCUAUGGAUAGUUUGUCAAACAUAUGGGAUAGAUUACGUUACCCUUUUUAUGAGUUUUAUUUUAAACAUAUUAAAAAAAAUGACUUGUAUAGGUAA